CGGCGGCAGGACGGGCGGACGGAGCCGUGAGAGCGCACGGAGCGCGGGAGCUGCUGCUGCUGCUGCCUUGGCGGAGCCGCCGCCGGUCCCGGGGACGAUUUGCCUGCCAUGAUCGCCGCCGGCGUGCUCUGCCUCUUCCUCUGCCUGGACAAGAUGUUGCACACCUGGGCUGCUUCUUCCUCGCUGACCACCCAGGACUUCCACACCUGGCGGAUCCCUGUGGACUGUGUCCGCGCCAACGAGCUGUGUGCGGCCGAGCCCAGCUGCAGCUCCCGUUACCGCACGCUGCGCCAGUGUGUGGCCGGGCGUGACCGCAACACCAUGCUGGCCAACAAGGAGUGCCAGGCAGCGCUGGAGGUGCUACAGGAGAGCCCCCUCUACGACUGCCACUGCAAGCGCGGGAUGAAGAAGGAGCUCUUGUGCCUUCAGAUCUACUGGAGUAUCCACCUUGGCUUGACAGGGGGAGAAGAGUUUUAUGAAGCUUCCCCCUACGAACCAGUCACCUCUCGUCUCACUGAUAUAUUCAGACUCGCUUCAAUUGUCUCAGGGAUGGAUUCGACUGCCAACGCCAAAAGCAACCACUGCCUCGACGCAGCCAAAGCCUGCAACCUGAACGACAAUUGCAAGCGCCUCCGCUCGAGCUACAUCUCCAUCUGCAACAAGGAGAUCUCCUCCACGGAGCGCUGCAACCGCCGCAAGUGCCACAAAGCCCUGCGCCAGUUCUUCGACCGCGUGCCCCACGAGUACACCUACCGGCUGCUCUUCUGCUCCUGCAGGGACCAGGCGUGCGCCGAGCGACGCCGACAGACCAUCGUCCCCCAUUGCUCCUACGAGGACAAGGAGAAGCCCAACUGCCUGGAGCUCCGCAGCCUGUGCAGGUCGGACCCCCUCUGCCGGUCAAGACUGGCAGAUUUCCACACGAAUUGCCAAGCCUCUUUCCAGUCACUGACCAGCUGCCCUGGGGACAAUUACCAGGCUUGUCUUGGUUCCUACGCAGGCCUAAUAGGGUUGGACAUGACACCCAACUAUGUCGACUCCAGCACUGCCAACCUCGUUGUGUCCCCAUCGUGCUCCUGCCGGGGCAGUGGCAACAUGGAGGAAGAGUGUGAGAAGUUCCUGAAGGACUUCAUGGAAAACCCCUGCCUGCGAAAUGCCAUCCAGGCUUUUGGCAACGGCACGGACCGGCCUCUCCCGCCAAUUCAACACAUCACCUUGCCGCCCAAGAUGGAGACAUCAACAUACAACGCCAAUGACAGCAACACCAUCUACGACACAGGUGUGACCACCACUUCAGCCUCCAUCCAGAAGUCGCUGACCACAGACAUGAUCCCCGAACAGAAGACGUUUGUGGACACAAAAGGAUCUGGCAUCCGGCCUUCUGUCCCAGGGACCCUCUUUGCUCUCCCUCUCCUCCUUUUGAAAGUGGCAUUAUAGAAGAAAAGAGGGACGAGUGCUCUGAGGGGGUGGGGGAAGGCGCAGCCCAAACUUUUGCGCAUGGAGAGAUGGACAAAGACACCUUGAAAACGUUUCCUUUGGCCUUUUGGCCUUCCGGAGUCUCUGCUUUCGAAAAGGCACGGCGGCAAGUUGCAGGAGCUUUGACAGGACAAUUUCCCCCAGGAAAUCUGUGCUGAGGGAGCACUUAAACGCCGGGAAUUCUGCAUCCUCAAAGAAGGGUUUUUUUCUCGCUUUGUGUUUCUUUUUGGUUUGAAGUGUCUAGAGCAAGAGUCCGAGAGUCUCCCAUUGUGUCCAAAUACAUCCAUGUUUGAAAGGGUUCGCAAACGGCGUUUCAAAGAAGCACGCCUGCUUUUGCAAGCGGUUGGAGAAUCUCGCAGAGGCUGACUCUGGACGGAGAGACUGAGCCAGUUGUGGCUGAUGCGCCUUAGUUUGCCAAACUGCUUUGCAGGGCAAGAGACAGCUAUGUCCCUUUCCCCAUGUCCCCCCCAGUCUCCAUACCAUUCCUUUUUGCUGCUUGGAAACAAACACACAACUGUCUCCUUCCUCCCCUCGGCCAAGCUUGGCUUCCGUCACCCACAGAAGUGUCUUAACUUUCUCCUCUCAAAGCAGAAGGUGGAGAAGAUGUUUGUGCAGCUGGCGGGGGGCAGGGGGAUCCCUCCAGGAGUGCAAGGAGCACUGUGAGAUGAGCAGCAACACCCCAUGAUUUUCUAGGCCUUCAGGACAGCCUUCCUGAGAGCAAACCCAGUCAAGUCUCGUGGUGGAACAAGAAGCGUAUCGGACAGGUUGAGAGGAGAUACCCCGUUCUGCUGUUUCUUCUGAUUCCCUUCCUCUCUCUUUUCUAGGAUUUUUGCUGUCCAAGAGGUGAAACUUCUCCUCUUCUCAAGAUUGCCCCAAUGUCACUUUGGGUACCUGAUGGAUGGAAGCAGCCAUAGCUGGCAACCAGCAUUCAUUACUCUCCUUUGAUCCUAGGCAUAUCUAGCAUAUGUAUAUCAAGAGAGACCUGCUUCUUUAUAUACCGUAUUUUUUGCUCUAUAAGACUCACUUUUUCCCUCCUAAAAAGUAUGGGGAAAUGUGUGUGCGUCUUAUGGAGCGAAUGCA